AUGGAGCCGGGGCUGGGAAGCAGCCGCCUGGAUGACUUCCCUCUCAAUGUGUUUGCCGUCACCCCUUACACUCCCAGCACCGCGGACAUCCAGGUGUCUGACGACGACAAGGCAGGGGCCACCCUGCUUUUCUCGGGCGUCUUUUUGGGACUGGUGGGGCUCACAUUCACCGUCAUGGGCUGGAUCAAGUACCAAGGCGUCUCCCACUUCGAAUGGACCCAACUUCUUGGACCCAUUCUGUUGUCGGUUGGGGUCACAUUCAUGCUAAUUGCCGUGUGCAAGUUUAAGAUGGUUUCCUGCCAGCUGUGCAAAGACGGUGAGGAGAGGGCCCUGGACCCGGAGCCACCUUCGGCAGGCCAGUCAUUCGUCUUCACUGGCAUCAAUCAGCCCAUCACCUUCCACGGGGCCACGGUGGUACAGUACAUCCCUCCUCCUUAUGCGCCUCAGGAGCCCCUGGGAACAACCACUCCGUACCUGCAGCCUGUGGGAAGCCCGUGCGGACUCCUCCCCACUGCGGGGGUCAUGGCCCCUGUGCCGAGUCCUCCUCAAUACUAUACCAUUUACCCUCAAGGCAACGCUGCGUUUGUGGGUGAUGGGGACUACCCGCUGGUUCUGGAUGGUGGAAGCCACAGGUGCAGCCAUGACCACCGGCAAGAGGAGUCACAUCUGGGAGAAGGAGACUGCACCUGCUUCUCUCCCCCACCGUAUGAAGAGAUCUACUCGCUCCCACACUAG